CUUUGACCCUACAAAAUUGAAGAUGGUGUUGCUAUGGAAACUGCUGCUGCUGCAGUCACUUAUGGGGUGCCUUGCAGAGAGCGGUGUCCUGCAGAGCCCUGUCUUCACCAAGCAGCCCGGCAGCAUCGUGUAUCCCGUGGAGACUGUGGCGAAGAGCAGGGAGGUGGUGUUCAGCUGUGAAGCCCAGGGAAGCCCACCACCCAUCUACCGGUGGAAACUGAAUGGCACAGAAAUCAGUCCCAAAUCUGGAUCUCACUACAGCCUGUCUGGAGGCAACCUCCGAAUCAACCGUCUGAACAAGGACCAAGACGCUGGAACGUACCAGUGCCUCGCUUCCAACUCUUUUGGGAUCAUCGUCAGCCGAGAGGCCAGUCUAACCUUUGCAUACUUGGAAAACUUCAAGACUCACAGAAGAAGCUCCGUAUCAGUCCGCGAGGGUCAAGGAGUGGUUCUGCUGUGCGGCCCUCCACCGCAUUCUGGAGAUCUUGUGUUUUCCUGGAUCUUUAACGAGUACCCGACGUUUGUGAAGCAGGACACUCGCCGAUUCAUCUCGCAGGAGACGGGGAACCUGUACAUCGCCAAGGUGGAGCCCUCAGAUGUUGGAAACUACACCUGUGUGGUGACCAACACCGUCACAAAGACCCGAGUCCAGGGUCCGCCCACUCCACUAGUGCUCCGCAGUGACGGUGUGAUGGGUGAAUACGAGCCAAAGAUUGAAGUUCAGUUUCCGGAGGUCGUUCAUGUUGCCAAAGGAUCCACUGUGAAGCUGGAAUGCUUCGCUCUGGGAAACCCCGUCCCAUCUAUAAGCUGGAGGAGAGUGGACGCUGUACCCUUCCCCAGGAAAGUGGACAUGAGGAAAGCCAGCGGCGUCCUGGAAAUCCCAUACUUCCAGCAGGAGGACGCCGGCACGUACGAGUGUGUGGCGGAGAACUCCAGGGGAUUGAACACUGUAAAAGGGAAGCUCUCUUUCUACGCCCCUCCUCAUCUCAUCGAGAAACCCCAAGAUGCCCAGAAGCUCAUCGAUGACUCGUUGGUGUGGGAGUGCAAAGCCACAGGGAAGCCAAAGCCUUCUUACAGGUGGAUGAAAAAUGGAGAGAACCUGGAGCCUGUAGAGGAGCGCAUACAGGUUGCCAACGGAGCGUUGUCAAUCAGUCGCCUGACCCUGACUGACACAGGAAUGUACCAAUGCGUGGCUGGGAAUAAGCACGGCGAGGUCUACUCCAACGCAGAGCUCCGGGUUAUAGCCGUUGCCCCAGAUUUCUCACACAACCAACUGCGGAGCCAGACGCUGGUGAAGGUUGGAGGAGAUGUGCUCAUCGAGUGCAAGCCCAAGAUGUCUCCUUGGGGCGAGAUCUCCUGGCGGAAGGGCAGCGAGCCGCUCCAAGAAAGUAACAGGGUCUCCAUCUUGGACAACGGUAACCUUCGGGUAUGGAAUGCAACCAAGUCUGAUGCAGGCCUCUACACCUGUGUGGCAAGAAACCAGUUUGGUGUGGCAAGCAGCACAGGAAGCGUCACUGUCAAAGAGCCGACCGUCAUCACCACGCUGCCAGCCACGCUGGACAUCACCGUGGGGGAGAGCGUGGUCCUGCCCUGUCAAGUGAGCCACGACCCAUCCCUGGAGCUCAAGUUCACCUGGUUCUUCAAUGAGCAGCUCAUCCACUUCGGGAACAACGGUGGAUUCUUUGAAAAAGUGGGAGGCCAUUCGGCAGGAGACAUUAUGAUACGAAACAUCCAGCUGAGGCAUGCAGGGAAGUACACGUGCGCCGUGCAAACGAAGGUGGACAGCAUUUCCAUUGCUGCCGACCUGGUUGUCAGAGGUCCCCCGGGGCCCCCCACCAGCAUCCAUGUAGAAGAAAUCACUGAUACCACAGCCUCUCUGUCCUGGAGGCCUGGUCCCGAUAAUCACAGUCCAAUUACGGCAUACACCAUCCAGGCCAGGACACCAUUUUCCCUCGGGUGGCAGGCUGUCACCACAGUUCCUGAGGUGGUGGGGGGCCACCGGCUGACAGCUACAGUAAUAGACCUGAGCCCUUGGGUGGAGUAUGAGUUUCGAGUCCUGGCAAGCAACACCAUCGGGACCGGCGAGCCCAGCAAGCCAUCUAAACAAGCAAGGACGAAGGGGACCUCUCCGAAGGUCACACCAGCUAAUGUGAGUGGAGGCGGUGGCAGUCGCUCCGAAUUAGUCAUCACAUGGGAGCCGGUUCCAGAGGAGCUGCAGAAUGGACCAGGUUUCGGCUAUGUGGUGGCUUUUCGACCCCACGGUGCCACAGGAUGGAUGCAGGCCGCCGUACCUUCUGCUGAAGCAUCCAGAUACGUCUUUAAAAACGAGAGCAUCCAGCCCUUCUCGCCUUUCCAUGUGAAGGUCGGGGUUUACAACAACGAGGGGGAGGGGCCAUUUGGACCUGUUACCACUAUCAACUCCGCUGAGGAAGAGCCCGGACGAGCUCCCACCAGGGUCCGUGCCAAGAGCCUCUCUGCAUCCGAGAUUGAAGUUUUGUGGAAGGCUCUCCCCUGGAAUGCCAGCAAAAAAAGAGUCCUGGGCUAUGAGCUGAGGUACUGGAGUAGAAGUGAAAGGGAAGACACGGCCAGUGUGCAAAAGACUGCAGGAAAUCAAACAUCUACUAUUAUCCGCGGGGUGAAAGGCAGCACCACAUAUUACAUCUCAGUGAGGGCGUAUAACACUGCUGGAACGGGGCCUCCCAGCACCACGGUCAAUGUUACCACCAAGAAACCACCGCCCAGUCAGCCACCAGUUAAAGUGAUGUGGAACACAUCAAAUUCCAAGAUUAUAUUGAACUGGGAGCAGGUCAAGGCCCUCGAGAACGAGUCCGAGGUCACCGGUUACAAAGUGCUGUACAAGAAGAAUCGACACAGCCGCCCCAACGUCAUGGAAACCAACACGACCUCUGUGGAGCUCGCCCUGCCCACUGAUGAGGAUUAUAUCAUCCAGAUAAAGCCAUUUGGAGAGGGAGGGGAAGGCAGCAGUAGCAGGCAGAUCACCAUCCCAAGGAUACCAGGCCCCAACGCAGUCGGCUCAGCAUCCAAGGUCUCCACUCUAUCAGCCCUCAGUACAAUAGCGCUGUCUUUCACAGCACGGACAUCUUUAUGACAAACAGCUCUCAGCAGACGUUGCAUCUGAUGUGGAGACAGCUUAACGCAAACACAGCCCACUCUGGUGUAACUAGAUCCAUUCAUCUAGAUUUUAGAGGCAAAAAGAAGAAACAAAAAAAAAAAAAAAUACGCCAUUGAGAUGACAGGGAAGGAGUCCCCUUCAG